GAGACUUCAACGUGUGGUCUGUCUCAAAUUCAAAAUCCCUAAGCGAAUACAAGACUUUCAAGUUUUCACCUUAAUUUCCAUUUCAACCUUUCGACGGUAAAAUUGAACGAAGUACGGUUACAAUCAACAACCUUUUCGACUUUCUAUAUCGAUUCCACCAAGACAAACUAUAGAAUCAAUCAACCAUGUCUCAAGUUUUCGGUCCCAUUCCUCCUCCUCCAGAUACAGACACAUCUAUUCGUGGUGUUAAGGCUGUGUAUACUCACUGCUUUGGCGAUCAAAAGAUCCUUGGCCUGCCUAAAUACACUGAAGUUACGAUCUCGGAAAGCCAUGUCAUUUUCAGCAGAGAGAAGCCUACAGAUAUUUCUGCACACAUGAAACUUCCAAUCCUCACCAGAAAAACCGGCUAUGUUGAUCCACGCUGGGUCAAUAAACGACCUCGUGUCGAUUAUGCGUGUGCGACCUCAAAAGGCCCCAUGUCAAAUAGAAAAGCACUGUACCUCAAUUUGCGAGCUGAUCUCAAUCGAGAGCAAAACUGGGGUUUCUCUGACAUGGAGAAAUGGGAUACAACUAUUGGAACGGUUUUGGUUGUAAGACAAGACAAGAAGGAUAUCACUGCGCGUCAAGUUGAAGGAUUGGCCAGGUUCUGCUUCUAUGAUCUUUCGCCUGCCACGAGAGAACUUGGGGAGUCUAUUUAUGAGGAUUAUCCGAGGAAAUCAGACCGAAAGAAGGUUCGCGAGAAGUUUACGAAGGAUUUCAUGUGUCAAGCCAAGUUCGAAGAAUGCUAUGAAAAAUUGAAGGCGGAGAGAGUUGCUGCCGGAAAGUUUUCGUGGGCUACUGCUGUUUCUCUAUACUCUCAGGUUUGAACCCCCAGAAUUCAUACGCAUGGAGGCUGAGGUGCAGCAUAAGUGUUUAGCAGAGGAUUUGAUAUUUGAUGAUAGACGAUGAUGAAUAGUAGUGGGGAGGCCUCUAAAUGAUUUUGCCGUUUGACACAGGAGAUUUCAUGGAGACUUCAGAAUCAUCAGUGGUGGAAGGAAUACUCGAUAAUUGGUAUCAUGAUGGAGAAUUUGGGUUUAAGCGUUGUGCUAGGAGAGAACAAUGCAAUAUUAAGGUGGAUGUUUUUAAAUGCCUGCCAAUAAAUACUUGAAUUGAGUAUUCAGGCUAAUGCUUCUCACCA